AUGCGGAGCGCGCGGUGCGCGGCGCUGGCGGGGCUGGCGCGGGCCGGGGAGGGGGCGGCGGGACCGGGCCGGGGCCGGGGCCGGGACCGGGACCGGGACCGGGACCGGGACCGGGACCGGGACCGGGACCUGAACCUGAGCCCAGACCUGAGCCCGGGGCCCGGCCCGAGCCGCGCCCGCCUGCUGCUGCCGCCCGGUGGCGCAGCCCAGCCGCACCCGCAAGGUUGGCGGGAGGCGGUGUCGGCCGCCGCCGGUGCCCUGCAGGCGGGGGGGCUGGUGGCCGUGCCCACGGACACGGUGUACGGCGUGGCGUGCCUGGCCCAGGACUCGGUCGCCGUGCGGAGCAUCUACAGCCUGAAAGGGCGGAACGGGGCGAAGCCGCUGGCCAUCUGCCUCGGGGACGUGGACUGCCUCUACAGGUACUGCCAUGUGAGUGUGCCGGACCAGCUGCUGCGGGACCUGCUGCCAGGACCUGUGACCCUCGUCCUAAAGCGUUCGGAAGAGCUCAAUAAAGACUUGAAUCCUUUCACGUCGCUGGUUGGUGUUCGUAUUCCAAACCACCCUUUCAUUAUGGAGUUGGCACGAGCUUGCCCUGGACCACUGGCUUUAACAAGUGCUAACAUCAGCUGCCAGACGAGCACGCUGAUGGUUACGGAAUUCCAAGACCUGUGGCCUCACUUGUCCCUAAUCAUCGAUGGAGGCCCAAUAGGAGAUGUCCAGAGCCCAGAGUGUCGUUUAGGGUCAACUGUGGUUGACUUAUCUGUGUCAGGGAAAUUCAGCAUCAUUCGUCCUGGCUGUGCGCUGACAUCUACAGUUGAAAUCCUGAGGCAGAAGUAUGGCUUGCUACCAGAAUCUUCGUAAGAGUUCGGACUCUGAGGGGGCUCCGCAGAGCUGGUAACGCUGGGCACCGUGUGCCUGCACGUUCAGGAAACGGGCGAUCCUGACCUUGUUUAAUAAGGUCGAUGGGUUAUGUCAAGAUUAAAAAAAGAAAAGAUAAAAAAACGGAGCAACAGUUGAUGGGGUAUCUUUAUUAGUAUCAUAUCUGCUAUAAUCUGAGAAACCAACCCAAAUACGCAUGCUCACCUCUUUGUGCUACUGUAGCAUUCCCAAAUACUUGUAUGUUUUACUAACAUGAUUAGGCCUUUGAAAUACAAUAAUUUGAACAUUAAACUGUUCUCAGGAUGGGAUGAUGGAAACUGUCUGAUCCACCCUCCCCUUAACACUUAUUCCAAGUCUUUUCUUUCAAUGCAGAUACAAUAAACAAAGAUGGAAAAGGA